CUCUCUCUUUUUGUUUGUUUUUUGUGUAAAGUAAAAUUUGGUAAAAUUACUAAAAAUAAACGAAAGUUAAAUAAUGUAAAAUAUCCCCUGUAUGUCAUAAUAACGGAGAUAUAAAUUAGAUUUUUUGGCAAAAUGUCGUCGGAAAGCUUGAAUUUAGCUCGACGUAAACUAAACGAAGCUCUUGGUGAGAAAUCAAUCAAAUACUUUAACCACAUGAAGCAAUGGUUUCGUAUGAAACUUACUAAAGAAGAGUUCGACUUAGAGGCACGGGCUUUACUGAGUGUUGACCAGGUUCAUUACCACAACGAGUUUCUGCUCGCGUUGCUGAAUAAAGUGGAAGGUUUGGCUGAAACUUCACUGACCAUUGCUCAGGAGAAAGCAAGUUCUCAUAACAGAAACAGCAGGAGACAUAAGCGUACGUCGCGUACAUCAGAGAAAUCUAACUUCGAGACGGUUGAUUUCUUGGAUUAUUUGCCGCCUAAUUCGCCGCCAGGCGCUGGAAGCGAUGGAGUCAAGUAUGCAACACAGGAAAUAUUUCUACCAGAUCAUGCACUCGUUGUGGGCCGAUUUAUGCUGGCAGCCUGGGAACUCGGCCUGGAAGGCGCUGAUGAUGACGCAGCUGACAUCAUGGUGGUUGCCGUCCAAAACUUCCUCAAGAACGUCAUCACAGGGAUUGUAACUCAACGGAAAGGCUAUAAGACAAGAAAUAAACAUUUUAUUUAUGAUGUCGGAGGAGACGUUCCUAAUAUGUGGCUCAGGAACUCAUCGAAGUUGUAUGACCCUCAGUUUGAGGGAAGAGUGAAUGUAGAAGAUGGAGCAGAUGGUUUGGCUCCGAGGUGUCCACCGACUAUUGAUGAAGUUGAACAUUCUGCUGCCAUGGAGAUUGCUUGCAGCUUACCAAACACAGAGCCAAAUGAUGACAGGCUCACUAUAAAUGAAUUCUACACCACAUUGCAAACACACCGGAAUAUCAUUGCGUGUCAUUCAGUAUAUGCUGCCAACAUGGAACGAUUAGCAUUGAUGUUAAACCACCCUAGUUACUAAGGCUUUAGGCUAAGAGACAAUUAGAAAUUAAGUAUAACAAUAAAACAAAAUAUGAA